AUGGGAGGCAAACCCAGUAAACCCAUGAUACCAGAUCGUCUCACACACUGGGCAUUUGUCCCCGACAAAAGAUUCCAUUCCACACCCAUGCAAUCCGAUUUCCUCGAAUACAAAACCAUCUCCCCGGACGAUUGGUUCAACGCAGCGGGCGAAGGAGCUAUUGGUAUCGGUACGGUUCGGCUUGAGGUAUGCUGCAGUUAUAAAGGCAGCAAGGCAUGGAGGUUCAUUGAAUUUAAAAAUGUUCGCCAUGUCAAAGGCUCCGAGCGACAAAUCGGCAGAGAAAAGGGUGAGUAUUCAAACGCGGAGGAGGAACCCUUAGGCUCGGGCCCCGGCUGGUCAGAUACUUUAGUUGUAGAUACGGAGAGACGAACACCUUUGUUUAUUGUCCGGAACGGAUUUAUUUACAGUGCCCCUUGUAAGAAGCUUGGCACGGAUUGGAAUUGA